GGAGCGUCAGUCUGAUCCUGCUUGCCAGCCUGAGUCGUUUGAAUUACGAUCCAACUGAAAUAAUAAGAAAAACGGUAGAAAGGACUUGGAGAAGAAUUUUCCCUUACAAUAUCAUCGUGAAAUGCGCCUGACUUGAACUCGACUUCUACUACUUGGGAACUCAAAACACUUCAUUAUUCGUGUCAACAGCGUUUUUAACAACGUGAUAAAUACUAUUUAAGGUCACAUAGAUUUUUACAAGCUACCUAUAAACCCAACCCUAACAAAAUGUUUAUUAAUCUAAUUGCACUGGCAAUUUUCUCUAUAAUUCUACAAUCAUUGGCAGAAGAGUCAAUAUUAAAUGGUGUAGAGCCUAACAAACGUGCCCCUAUGGGAUUCCAAGGUAUGCGUGGGAAAAAGGACAUCAUAUCGGAUUUGGAUGAUAAUGAUUUAUCGAAACGUGCACCUAUGGGUUUUCAAGGUAUGAGAGGAAAAAAAGAUUCAGAUGUUUCUGAUUUAAAUGAAUUUUUUGACGAUUAUGAAAAACGAGGACCAAUGGGUUUCCAAGGAAUGCGUGGUAAAAAGGACGAUUUUUUAGCACCCGAAGAUUUUGAUGAAGGUUAUUAUCAUGAUGAUUAUGAAAAAAGAGCUCUGAUGGGUUUCCAAGGCAUGAGAGGCAAAAAAGCCAUGCGUGGAGAUGAAUUCUAUAAAAGAGCGAUUGGUUUUCAACCAACACGUGGGAAGAAAUCAUUUGAUGAAAUCUUAGAUGAAUAUGAAAAAAGAGGCAACUUUCCAGUAAUCCCAAAUAAAUUAUAUAUGAAUGACUAUCCGGAUGAAUAUGGAAAACGAGUCAGUGCAUUAGGAUUCCAAAGUAUGCGGGGUAAAAAGGAUGAAUAUGAGAAUGUCAACUGGAAUAAGAGAGCGAUGAUGGAAUUGGAAGGAAAACAAAAUUUUCUUGAAGAAUUAGAAGACCUUGAGAAAAGAGCUAUCAUGGGUUUCCAGGGAAUGAGAGGUAAAAAAGAUGGACUGACUAAUUAUUAUGAGUACAUUGUUGAUCCAGCUGAUUAUGAAAAGAGAGCUCCAAUGGGAUUUCAAGGAAUGAGAGGUAAAAGAGGAGACGACAAACGAGGAAACAUGGGCUUCAUUGGAAUGAGAGGAAAAAGAAAUGUCAUGGGUCUUUAUGAUAUGAAUGAUGGCUACUAUGAAAACUCCAAGAACUUGAUAGAUUCAAGAUUUAUAAAUAAUGCUAUGCAGUUCGAGAAGAGACCGGCAUAUGGGAUUUCUGGAACACGAGGAAAAAAAAUUCCGCGAUGGGAGAUAAGGGGUAAAUUUGUUGGCGUACGAGGCAAGAAAAACGGAUUGAUUGACCCCAAAUUUAAUCCUCAGUAGUGCAACACUAAGAAAAAUAUAUAUAUAUAACAUAUUCAAUUGAUCAAUUAUAUUAGAUAAACCAAAAGUUCUGGCAACACCGAAAUUUUUCGAAAGUUUUAUGAAUUCUACUACUGUUACAAGAAUUUAAAUUUAUUCUAAAAUAAAUUAAAAAAACGCCUAUGUCAGUAUUACUGUUAACAAAAAAACAUAUAAAAAUACAUAAAAAA